AAAAGUUUUAAAUUGCUAGAUGUUGAAGAUAUUGAAGCUCGUCCAGCGGCCGCUACCCUUUAUCAGGCAAUCGAGGAAAAAGGGAGGUUCAUGGGUCGUACAAACAUUCUCUAUUCCAUUGUUCUGGUUGGGAAAGUAUCGCCGCACGUCGCUGACCGUCGAGAAGUCGCAGGUAUGGUUAUUCAAUCUUUUAACAACCAUUUCUUCAAAGCCUAUUUUGAAGGGCUGCUAAUGCAAUUCAAGCCACCAGAUCAAAUCACUGGCCUUUUGUUGAUCUAUCCGUAUCACGUGGUUAACAUAAUUGAAACCAGUUUUAGAACAAUGAUGCGCAUUCUGCGCGCGCUGAAUGAGUCAGAACGGAUAAUUAACUGCUACAUUGCUCAUUAUACGGAGGCUCUGAAUAAAGACUUGCCGGAAGAUGAGGAACCUCGAAGGUUCACCUGUUUCGACGAAGCAACAAUGGAAGAGAUAUCGGAACGUCCAACACUGGCCCCUCUCAUACACAAUCGUAUUUUAUUUGUAAAGGACAACCUGGUACAUCGAAUCUACCGCACUUAUGAAGUGUUGCCAUUUGAUAUGGAACCCGUCAGCCUGAAUCAGUACGAUUCCAGUGAGUCAGAUGAAAAGCGGUUUUUGGAGACCUUGUCUCAGCUAAUACGUUUGGGCGUGUUCCUUUCGGAAGAACCGAUGAAGGGCCAAGAAGAAUAUGUCCCCGAAAUAUUCAAGAUGAAGCUUACGAAAAUUUUGCGGCACCUGCGUGAGGAGCAUCCGGAGCUGGUUCCACAACAA